CUGCACCAAAGGAGAGGCGACUUCCAGAGUCUGUUCCCAGCACUGCGCUCUGCGACCUUCACCUUCGGUGCUGUGCUGCGCUUCUGGGAGCCAAAGAGGAUCCAGAUCACCGGUUUGUGCUAUGUGAGUACUUCGUCUAACAGGAUGGCUGGAAGACCCAAGAAGUCUUUGUUUGUGUUAGGAUUCACUCUCCUCUGUCUGAACACGGUUAUUUCAUCCAAAACAGCACCCAAAACACCAACUAUUGAUCAGGCAUAUUCAAAAAUCAGCAAUAGUAUCACCGUAGAGUGGACGACUGUGCCAGGGGCCACAAGUUAUUUGCUCACAGCUGAAGAUGGGGACACAGUCAUCGAGACCACGGUGGCCAGUUCCCCAGGCACUGUGACAGGCCUGAAGGCUGCGACCUUGUACCAAAUCACCAUCCGAUCCAUCAGUGCCUCUGGACAAAGCGAGGCUUCGUCCCCAAAGCAGGCGAAGACAGUGUUGGCUGCACCAAUUCUGGAAGUUGGCUCUCUGAGUCCAGACUCCAUCCUUGUGAGGUGGGAUGCCGUGUACAUGGCCAUCGGCUUCUCUGUGUCGGUUAUGCGAGCCAAUGGCUUGGGUAGAAUUUGGAAGGAGAAUACCACAAACACCUCCUUGACCUUCAGCAGUUUAGAUGCUGGGACUCUCUACACUAUAAAGGCCUAUGCGUGGAAUGCCAAUGGAAUCCCUGGGGAUGACUCCACCUGCAACCAGAGAACCAGUCCUCGUGCCCCUGCCAAUAUUCAAGUCGUCUUUGACAGCGGGGCCCUGAAGGCUUCUGUUUCAUGGACACCAACAGAAGGAGCGUUCAACUACACCGUGAUGGCGUCCAGCGAUUCUUCCCAGCGGAGUUGCAGCACAGCUCUGAGUUCCUGUAGCAUCGGUUCCCUGCAGUGUGGAACGGAGUACCUGAUUUCUGUCUCGGCCAGUAACGACGCUGGGUCCAGCAGGUCAUCCUCUGCAGUGACCCUGAAGACCGUGGCUUGUGCACCUGGGAGAGUGACAAUCCAAGAAGACCCCCCUGGUCACUUGUCCGUGGCUUGGUCUAAUGUAGAGCUGGGCGAUUACUAUGUGGCUUUCGUGAAGAGUGACGAUGGCCUGGAAGUACACUGCAAUACUUCCCUCACUCAGUGCACCUUCCUGUCCGAAUGUGGCUUCACAUACUUCAUUAGUGUAUUCGCCUAUAACAAAGCAGGACAGAGCCCCCUGGGUGAUGUGUUCAAUUACACCACAGCUCCCUGUUGUCCUAAUGACAUUAGCCCGGUGUUGGUGUCCAGUGACAGAGUGGAAAUCGCCUGGUCUCCUGUGCGUGGUGCCGAACUCUAUGAAACCAAGGCCAUAGCUGGGUACAGUGUGGUGGAGUGCAACGACCCUGCUCCUGCUUGCACCCUCUCUGCUUUGGAUUGUGACACCAAGUACAACAUCACGGUGUAUUCCUUCAGCGAGGUCCGGGGCAGCAAUCUGUCCUGCUCUUCCCGCUACAUCACCACGGCCCCUUGCAGUCCUGAGAUAAAAAAUAUUUCAAAGGAUGCAUUCUCCACGAUUAAUGUGCACUGGCGAUCUACCAAUGAAGGCGCUACUUACACGGUGACUGCCCAUGGGCAGAGGGGGCUGUUCCGGUGUAGCAGUACCGGGGAGACUUGCAUUAUUGAGGGCCUGCCCUGCGGCUCUGUGUUCUCCGUCACGGCCGUGGCCGAAACUCGGGCGGGAAAGAGCCUGCCCAGCUACAGCGUGCCCCUGGAAACAGUGCCGUGCUGUCCAGCUGGUCUGACAGCAGCUCAGGUCUCCCAGUCUCUAAUCAACGUGAGCUGGACUCUUGGGACAGCGGCUCAAACCUACGUGACGGUGCUGGAGUCACACAUCGGACAGUCUAAGUGUCACACCCGUCAGAACCACUGCCUUCUGGGAUGCGUUGCGUGCGGCAUCAACUACACGGUGGCACUAAAGGCCAUUAGCCCCACUGGGCUGACCGCAGACUGUGCCCACCAAAGUUAUUCCUCCAGUGCCUGCUGCCCGCUGGGGGUCAAAUUAUAUAGGCUGGGCCCUAACGGCAUCCGGAUCUACUGGCAAGCCUCCAGGGGCUCUGCCAAUUACAGUACUGACCUCUAUGGUUCCAAAGGCAUCUUCACGUGUGCCCCAAGUGCUGGCCUAAGUUUCUGCGAUGUCACCGACAUCCCCUGUGGGGACGUGUACACUGUGAUGGUCUCACCAGUUGCUGAAACAGGACUGAAGCUUACGUUCUGUCCAAAGAAGAUAUAUUCAGUCACCUGUUCUGGAAGUACACUUGGGAUGGUGAUUUACAGAGGGAAGAGGAACGACACGGUGGGCCCCAGGUAAAAACAGACUCUCCGCGAGGUGAGUAGUGAGAAUUCAUUCUGUAUGAUUCCACGGCAAAAAUUUGUCCUCCGUUUUAAAGACUCUUCUCAUUUCUCCUGCAGAGCCCCUGGGUUGUUCACGAGCAGCGACGGAAAGAAGCUAUUUAGAACACAGAAUGCCCGUAGGAUAGGAAAGGCCCCACUGGCCUUUACCGGAGUAAUUCGUACUCUGUAUUUGACAGGGCAAGGUCAAGUGUGUCAUCAGCUGCAGAGAAGUCGAGAUGAGCUGUGGAGGGGAGAGAACGGUACGGAGGAACAAUCCAGGAAGGCCCUGGAAGGCUGCCAGAGUGAGUCAGCUCAUCGUCAGAGCCUGCAAGCAUAAAAGCUCUGCUUAGCAGAAAUUUGUUCCGAGGCUUCACAUCGCGACGCACCACAGAACGUUGCCCACCCCAACCCCAUGUAGCUCAGGCUGGCGUUGAAUUCUGGAUCCUUCUGCCGCAGCCUCCCAGAGUGCUAGGAUUACAGGCACGCGCCUUUUUGCCCAGCACUCCAUUAUAGACUUUAACAUGUCCUGUUCAUGAGUGUCUCAACAGCUUGCCAUACAGCAUCCUCCCCGCGGGAAGGAUGGGCGUGUACCCCCACAGCAGUCAGGUCACCCUCAGGAGGACAGCAUCCACCCCAAGACACGCCUCAGUUGGGACUUUUUAGCUGGAGUCCUUUAGCAGCAGUUGCUAGGGCAACGUGGGGGUAACAAACGCCCUCAGCACAAGUUCCCGGGGAAGCUGAGCUGCCUGCCUGCAGACUUCACUGAGUCAGAGCAGCAUGUGAGAAGACAUCUGCCAGAGCCUCUGGGAAAAGCAGAACCGCAGGCCUGUGGCUGGAAAGGUUGCCAUGACGCUCUCAGGGUGGAGCGGCAGCCAAGGGCAGAGUCUGAGACCGUGGCCGACUGACAUACACACACAGCUUUCCAGGGGUUCCUCAAUCUUGUAGCCUGUUCUGUACGCUCCCCUCACAUUGUAAUGGCUUCUUUCCAUGUUUGGAGAGAAAAAGCAGUGCUAUAUAACAUAAAGCUGUUGUACCUAGAACAAUGUCUGUCUAAUGCCAGAAGCCUGAUUUUAGAAUCGUGUGAAUAAGAUUUGUCUCGCACGUGCGCACGCAGCCGUGGUACUCAGUCCUCAGAGGAGUGCCUCUAGGGUCUGAAGAAAUGACUCAGUUGUUAAGAGGACAGGCUGUUCUUGCAGAGGACCUGGGUUCCAUUCCCAGCCCCCACAUGGUAGCUCACAACCACGUGUGACUCUUCUUCUCUUGUUCCGGGGUGGUGAUGGUGGUGGUGGUGGUGAUCCAUAUCCUCGUCUGGCCUCUGAGAGCCUUGGGCACACAAGUGGUACACAGACACCCAUGCAGAAAAGAUACCCACACUUUAAAAGAAAUCAUGUUUUUAAAAGCGUAGCUAUGGAGUCAAGAAUGUGUGUGCUUGGAGGCAACUCUAAAACACUGCCCAGAGGAACUGGAGCGUGAAGUUAGACAUGAGGCCAGAGAGGAAGAGAGAGCAAGCUUCCCUUCCUGCAGCUCCUCUCCAAGGAAACCAAUCAAAAUCCAACAGAGAGGAUGAAUUUUGUUUUUUGUU